AUGGCGGCAGAGAGGCAGUCCCUAGUCGGCAAGGAUACCCAAUCGGCGGCUAUUCCAACUGCACCAUGGGCCGUUGCUCAACCCUCGCCCCGGGAUCCCUCCCGUCGGCUCCCGCAAGCGAUUGCUCAUCGUGGCGCAAAGCUCGAUUGGCCCGAAAACACCAUGGCUGCUUUUCGAGGGGCUGUCAAAGCAGGUGCUCACGCUAUAGAGACCGAUAUUCACCUGUCGGCUGAUGGUGUUGCUGAUCCGUCACUCAAGCGCUGCUUUGGCGUCGACAAUCAUAUUUCAGAAUGUUCAUGGGAAUACCUUAGUACAUUGCGUACAGUAGCCGAGCCUUAUGAGCCUAUGCCGCGGCUUAAAGACUUUCUAGAGUGGUUGACUCACCCCGAACUAGAAAGGAUUUGGGUCGUCUUAGAUAUUAAACUUAACAAUGAUCCAACAGACUUGAUGGCUGCAAUUGCGAGAGCCCUAGAUAGCGUUCAGGGGCCUGUGCCAUGGGAUCAGCGGAUUGUCCUUGGAUGCUGGAACGCAUCGUUUUUGCAGGCCGCACGUAGCCAGCUCCCAUCAUAUCCUCUCGCUCACAUAGGCAUAUCUCUCCUUUACUCACACCACUUUCUACGAGUCCCAAACCUCGGCUUCAGUCUGAACCAAAUGACCCUUGUUGGUCCCGCGGGCAAACUCUUUCUGCGCGAACUUCAACGGACUGACAAGCUGCUCAUGACAUGGACAGUUAAUGAGCCCCGUCGAAUGGAAUGGUGCAUCCGCCAGAACCUGGGUCAUCCACGACACCCUCGCACAAACAGCGAGGGGCCGGCACUUAUUGAUGGCGUCAUCACCGAUAACCCUCGGCUGUAUCGAGAGAUAUGCGAGAAGUUCGAGGACGAGAUGGACGGCAAGUUUAUCAGACCAAAGCUGGCCUUCACCCAGACAGUAAAGAACAAGGCCGAGACUUUAGCAUUCGUCCUACUCACACAAUCCUGGAUGGUGGCAUAUCACAUUCUGAGGAGGUGGCAGGGUAAGUUUGAUUUUCUCAAAGACCGCCAGACGUUAGAUAAACGAUAG